UCCUUGUCCUGAAUGUGGGAUGACACUGGGAAGAGCUCCCCCGAAGUUGCCCCGCUACCUGACCAUCCCGCAACUAACCCGACGUCUGCGAGGCAUGGCGAAGUCGCCAGUGUUGUGGGUUCAAGGUUGCCCGGAGUAAUUCUAUAGCGAGAUGUUGCGUAGCCGCUGGUUAUGACCUCGAUGCUCCCCGCUCCCGCCUAACGUUUGUCUGUUUUGUACUCCCUCCCUCUUGGUGCUUUUCUUGCCAAACCUGCCUUGCCUAACCGUUCUAUUUGGAAAGAGAUUAUUGUUGACAAUCAUUCCGCAAUAUGGAGGAACCCAAGAUCGGCCUCAACCUGGGCUACAAUGGUGUCCACCCCUUUUCCAGAGUGAAGCUUACCGACAGGGCGUCUGUUCAGGAGCUUCUACAAACCCUCCUCGACCCCCUCGAGCCCUUCUUUUCUCCCCAGAAGGCCCGCGUCAAGUGUCCUGGAGGCACGGCCGUGCGGUUCGACCAGGCCGCCUCCGAAGUCGAAGGUAUCUUGCGCCCCAUCUGGGGUCUGGCCGCUCUCCUGGCCGGUGGCGGGGAGUAUCGCGGCACUGAAUGGUGGAUUCAGGGGAUAAAGUCCGGCACCGACCCCGAGAAUCCCGAGUAUUGGGGCUUCCCGAGGGACAAUGACCAGCGCAUGGUUGAGAUGUGCCCUCUCGGCUUCUCUCUUGCCGUUGCGCCCACGAUCUGGGAAAAUCUCUCGGAAAAGGAACGUAUUAACGUCGAGAAUUGGCUGGGCAACUCCAUCAACGAAAAGAACAUGCCCAACACCAACUGGCUUUGGUUCCGCGUCUUCGCGAACCUAGGCCUGAAGAAGAACGGUGGCAAGUUCUCGCAGGACCGACUCGACGCGGACAUCAAACACCUCGACACGUUUUACCGGGGCGGCGGCUGGUCCAACGACGGGCCGGAGGGCAUCCACCAGAUGGACUACUACUCUUCCAGCUUCGCCAUCCAGUUCCUCCAGCUCCUCUACGCGAAGCUGGCCGGCGACGACGAGCCUGAGCGGGCUGAGGAGUUCCGCAAGCGAGCCCAGAUGGUCGCGCUCGAUCUGGUGCACUACUUCGACGAGCAAGGCCGGGCCAUCCCCUUCGGCCGCAGCGUCGGCUACCGCUUCGCGAUGGUGUCUUUCUGGGGCGCCCUCGCCUACGCCGGUGUCGAGCUGCCGGCGCCUUUGACAUGGGGUAUGGUGAAGGGUAUUGUGAUGCGUCAUCUGCGGUGGUGGCAGACGCAGCAUGGGAUAUGGAGCCCCAGCGGAACGUUGACGUUGGGCUAUUCUUACCCCAACAUGUACAUGACGGAGAACUACAACAGUCCCGGAAGCCCGUACUGGGCUUGCCUCGCCUUCAUCUGUCUCGCAGUCCCCGAGGACCACCCCUUCUGGACCUCGGAGGAGGAGCAGGCUUGGAGCGUCAUUCCCAGGAUCAAAGCCCUCGAGCAGCCGGGCCAUAUCAUGAGCAACAUUGGCGGUCAUUGCAUGCUCUUAUCGUCCGGCCAGGCUUGCAGCUACCCGAUGAAGGGCACCCACGCCAAGUACGGCGGGUUCGCCUACUCGAGCGCGUACGGCUACUCGGUGCCUCCGGGCCUGUUUUCCCUCGAGCAGUACGCACUGGCCUCGCAGCUGGGCCUCUCGGACGACGGCGGAGAGUACUGGAAGGCCCGGCGACUCUCGCAAUACGCCGCCAUCGAAACCAGAGGCGGCAAGCCGGUGCUUGUGUCGGUGUGGAAGCCGUUUACGGACGUCGAGAUCAAGACUAUCCUGGUCCCCCCGGAGGAGCCUACGCCCAACUGGCACCUCCGGAUCCACCACAUCCAGGCGGGCCGCGAGGUCAUAACCGCGGACGGGUCGUUCGCCAUUGCCAACGAGAACUCGGCAAACGGGCGGUACCUCGACCUCUUCGACGCGGAGAAGGUCGAGGGGACAUCGCCCAAAAUCAUCGGCAACUACGACACCAACACGCCCGAGGGGCUAGCAAAGGGCAGCGAGGGCUCCUUCGCCGUGUCCAAGGGCGCCGUGGGCAUCAAGGCCCUGGAGAGCUCGAUCGAGCGGACGGCAAAACUCGUCAACGCCGAUCCCAACUCGAACCUGAUUGAGAGCCGCACGACCAUCCCGACGCUCCAGCACACGAUCAAGAAGGGCGAGUCGGUCUGGUACAUCACGGGCAUCUACGCCAAGCCGGAGGGCGAGGGCGUCCCUAGGCAGAGCUACCUGGACGGCUGGGCGAGGCCGCCCGCGGUUCCUUCCUGGCUCGAGGCGGAAAUGAGUGCCUCUUGAGGAGUUCUUGCUGCCCGACCGGUCUGCGCCGCCGCCACGUCGACCUUAGGGGUAACCAAGUGAGUUGAAGAUCUUCCACAAAUACGAUAGAGAGGCUUGGCAAGCCAUCGUUGUGGUCCCCUGAGCUUUGUAUCUUGGGGUGGAUCUUCAUGACCGACACUAAGAGUAUAUGUAUUUCAAUUAUAUACAGGCUGUUUUCUUGGUUUGAGGAUUAGUCUAAAAUUGGUACAGAGGACAUUUGGGAAGUAGAUAUGAUGAUGCAUGUAACGUUCAUGCCAAUGAGAUCAUAGACC